AUGGGCAAUUCACUCCCUCUAUGUUGCAUCCCUGUUUCGAAGUCCACGGUGAAGCUGGUAUUCUUUGAUGGCACCACGAAGAUCCUCACAGGAAAGCUAGUAGCAGGCGAGCUCAUGUUCCAAUUUCCUGAUCAGAUCAUCUGCCAUGCUGAUUCCUUCUACAUCGGCCACCCGAUCCCAGCACUGUCCAUCGACGACGAGUUGCUAAAAGGUGAGACGUACUUCGUUCUUCCAAUUGACCCAUUUGCAAACCAGGUCUUGUCAACCAAGAUGCUCUCGACGUUGUCUGCAGCUACCAAACGUGGCGCCAUUGGCUCACGGGACCAGCCAUUUCAGUACAUCAAGGGAAACAAUGGCCGGAUGAUUAUCAAGGUUUCGACAGAUUUCUUGAUAAGAAUAAUCUCAGGAGGAGGUGAACAAGGGUGUAACACGAUCAAUAGCCCUUUAUGUAGUACGCCGGAGCUGCAGAAGCAUUACAAGAUGCUGGUGGGGCCCAAGGAGCUGUUGUGGUCACCUAAGCUUGAGACUAUUUCAGAGCAUAUGGACCGAAGGAUGUCGCCAUGUCACUUAUUAGGGUUCGAGUGGUGA